CCUAGCGCCGUAUGCACUGUAGAUCCCUUCCACCAGCCCACCAGCCUUGGACGAUUCUAGCGGUGUUCAGUGGUCUGACACUGUUUUGGACUUUUGGGUCACAUCCGACAGGCUGGGUUUGACGAAGUUCUACACCGAACUUCCACUUCGUCAUACUUACUCUGAGUGACAGAGUAGGGGUACUUAAAGACGGGACGGUCCGCGAUCUUGUGCCAGUUUAGAAGCUGGGAACAUAUUCUGAGGCUGACGCAUUGCUUUGUUUGGUUUGAGAGACGAGACUUUACCAUGACGAACCAGAACGGUCAGAAAGACCAGCAACUGGCUCCUCCAACGCCGGAUUACAUCACACUGGAAGGGGAUGACGAGGGGAUGGAGACUCCUAGCGUACAUGCUGGGCCAAAAGCGAAGCCGAAGCGGAUUAUAGUGUGUUGUGAUGGAACGUGGAUGGAUUCAUUAGGGAAGAGAGGAGAAGAACCACCAUCAAACGUCACCCGCAUCUCACGUGUCCUGCGCCGAACCUGUUACGAUGGCACUCACCAAGUCAUUGCCUACGUUCCCGGCGUCGGAACGAGUAACAAGCUAGAUUCCAUCACCGGCGGCGCUUUUGGCAUGGGACUUGACCAGGACAUCCGCGAAGUCUACAACUUCAUCUGCACCAACUACGUCGACGGCGACGAGAUCUUCCUCAUCGGCUUCUCACGAGGCGCCUUCACCGCCCGUUCCACCGCCGACAUGAUCGCCUCUCUCGGCAUCCUGACGCCCGACGGGCUAGACCGGUUUUAUUCCGUGUUCAACGAUUACAUGUACAUGGGCACUCCCUCACGGAACAAGACCGAGUUUAUCGUGCCCGGUCUGCCCGAGUAUAGGGGGCAGAAGGGCCAGGAGAAGAAUGAGUGGGAGGCGGAACGGACGAGGAUUUACAGGGAGCGGAUGAUUGAGCUGGGGUAUACGAGGGAUAAGUUCAGGGAUGGGAAGACGGAUAUCACGAUCAAGGCGCUGGGGGUGUGGGAUACGGUUGGCGCGUUGGGGAUUCCGCCUGCGCCUGUUAUUGGGGUGAGGGGGUCGUCUAACCAGUGGGCUUUUACCAAUACUCAGAUCUCGGAUAAGGUUGAGCAUGCUUUUCAGGCUCUGGCGCUUGAUGAGCCGCGGUAUGCUUUUAGGCCGGCCUUGUGGGAGCGGCUACCGGGGAGCAAGACGAAUCUGAAGCAGGUCUGGUUUCCGGGGACGCAUGCCAAUGUUGGAGGGGGUUGGUAUGAUCAGCAGAUGGCUGAUAUCACGCUGGCCUGGAUGUGCGACCAACUCUCGACCCUCGGCGUCGAAUUCAACCUCACACGGAUGCACUCCAUCUUCCUCGACUCCCUUCGCUACUCCGCCGUUCACCCAUUUCCCUACUCACCCCCCUCCUUCGCUCAAUCCCUCCUAACUAAAGGGAAAUCCACCAUCUCCAAACUCCUCACCAUCGGCAAACCCUCCUCUACCUCCUCCCGUCCCUCCUCCUCUUCGCCCUCAUCCCCUCGAAGCUCCAUCUCCUCAUCCCACUCUCGGUCCUCCCACGCCAAAUCCCAAUCCAUCUCCUCCCUCUCCAACAUCAAAGUCCCACCCGCCAUCCCCUGGGCCCGCCCGCCUCUCUUCCACCCACCCCCCUCCUCUCACCCCUCCACCUCAAAACCCAGCGGCGGUCUAAUCCGCGACAUAGCAGAAUGCACCCCUCUCCACACGCACUCCCACCCCCCACUAGCCUCCACCCCGUCCACCUUAAUCCAACUCGGCGCCCGCCCCUACGCCCUCGGAACCCUCCGUCUCCCUUCUACUACAAGUAUCACCACGCUCGCCGGCCGCACCGUCCGGCGCCCUGGACUCUUUUUGAGGGUAGACGAGGACACGAACCAAGACACCCCCCACCCUCUCCUCUCAACAGGCGAAACGAUUCAUUCUUCAGUCAGGGUGCGACUAGCCUGCGGCGGUCUAGCCCCCGACGACAAAGAACCUUGGCUCUGCCCUGCCCUCCUCCGCGGCAUGGACGGUAGACCAUUAUGGAAACUUGAGCGCGGAUGGGCGUUUACCCAGUCCGAAGUCGACAAGCUCGCGACUUUUGUACCGAAGGAGCUGAAAUUACUGGGACGGGUGUACCCGACUGACAAGCUGUAUGAUGUCAAGAUGGAGGAGAUGCGGUGGCGGUGGGUGUAUGUCGGAGAUGAGAGGAGCGUGCAGACGGGGACGGGGAGCGGGAAAAUUGAGUUUGGGAAGGGGGUCAGGUUUCCGGAUCGGAUGAUGUUGGCUGAGGAGCCGUUGGUUGGGUAUUGGGAGAGGUAUUUGUUGGGGAUGUUGAGUGGUGAACCGGAUGUUUGGAGGUGGGCGGGGGAGAUGGGGAUGGAGAUGGGGGAGGGGGAAGUGGGAGGGGUGUUGGGGGAGAGGACGAAUGUGAAUGGGAAUGGACAAGCAAAUGGGAAUGGGAAUGGGGUGAAGAGGAAUGGGACGGUGGUUGGUGGGAAGGGGACGGUUAAUGGUGUGAACGGGAAUGGGAAUGGGAACAAGGGGCAUAAGGUAGCGCAUAGUGCUGGGUGAGGUUAUUACUAAAGGGCGAUCGAUGGGAUGUUUUUGUAAGGACUCAUGGGAAAGGAAAAUGGGAUCAUGUUGGUUAUGAGUGUGGUAUUGUUGGCGUUCAUGGUUCGUCAUGUACAAAGGGUUUGUUUGUUGUAAGGUCAAAGCAUCAUUAGUUGGGAGACGAACUGAAUAGCAAUUAUUUAAGCAUCCCUUUAAGCAUAAACAUCCAAAAAUCAAGAAAGGAAAAAAGAAAAGGCGUGACCCGUACCGGAUUUGAACCGGUAACUUCUAUGCUGGACAGUAAGCCGCAUCGCAACACGACAAAGCAUCAGCUAAGUAGUGUUGACCAUUACACCAACGGGACCACGGGAAGGUGGCGCAGGAAAGGGGUCUUAUAUACCCCCGCCUAGAGAGCCU